AAGGUGCAUUAAUAGAGACGAGUUUCAAAAGUACAAUUGGAGUCUUAUUAGAUGAUUUUUCAGAAAAUUUUGGAAUGCGCGAAAAAGUAGCAAAUUACUAUUUGAGGCAAAAUAAUGAUUUUUGGAUCAAAAAGGCACAUAUGCAAACAAUAUUUACUGAAUAUCGACAAGCUUUCCGUACUUUUUAUUAUUCUGAUAAGAAACAAUUAACAUUACCUCCAGAAGAAGUUUGGGAUUUUACCUUUAGCAAAGCACAUAGAACGAAAAUUGGUGUUCAUGAUUACAUUGCUGUGGAUGUCGAUUUUUAUUCUGUCUUGGUUACCGAUGCUAAAACUAUUAAUAGGUCUGAACCAGCUUUGGAUGUAAUUGAUGGAAAAUGGUCGGAUCAUUGGAUAUUACCUGUGGAACCUGAAUUUCUCUUGCAAAGAACUGGGUACGCAUGUAUUGAUGAAAGUUCAUUUCCAAAACAUACUGUUGAAAGUGAAAAUGUAUGGGCAUAUUACGAUGAUACCUGUAAAGCUGAACCACCGCAACCAGUAUAUGAUCCAAAUGAGAUUCGUUGUCACUUUAGUGAAUAUCCUGCAAUUUCUUGUGUUGAUGCAUUGAAUCAAAACGUUGGUUCUGUUAAUGUGACAAUAACGUGGCAUAGAAUUCCUUUUACUGAAGAAAUAGCAAAAAAAUAUCGUUUUGGAAAUCACACUUCUAAAUCAUCUGAUUUAGUCAGUGUUCGUAAAAAUUUAUUGGAUCAAACUCGUGUAGCUUAUAGGUAUUACGGUGAAAAUAGUUGUGUAAUGCAUGAGGGUCGUGGUCAAUGUAUUGGAGCACCUGGAUGGAGACGGCUUUUACGCUUUACUUCAUCUGCUAUAAAUUCGGGCGAAAGAGAUAUUCAUCUAGGAAAUGUGACUGAUCCUGAUUACUUGUAUCAUGGU